GAGAGAGAGAGAGAGAGAGAGAGAGAGAGAGAGAGAGAGAGAGAGGGAAAGGGAGAGAGAUUGCUCCACAAAGGGACACAGCCUAUUGAUUCUUGCUUUGCUGUUGAUAAAAGGUCUUUUUCAAACCACAAACCAAUCAGUGCUUGUUGGCACUGCUGGGAGAUGCACAGGCUUCUACCAAGCAGUGUGUUCCUGGCUUCCCAGACAGCAGGUUGGGUCCAGUCACUAGUUCCUGUCUUGAUACCUCCACAGAGCCGGGCCAUGGCCAGCUAUCCGUUGAUUGUUGGGCCUCCAGCCUCCCUGAGGAAGCCCCUGAAGGUCCCAGACAGACUUCUCUUGGGACCUGGACCUUCCAAUAUUGCUCCUCGGAUCAUGGCUGCAGGGAAUCUCCCAAUGAUUGGACACAUGCAUGAUGAAAUGUAUCAGAUCAUGGAUGAGAUCAAAGAUGGCAUCCGAUACGCUUUCCAAACCCACAACCAGCUCACCAUGGUCAUCAGUGGCUCUGGGCACGCAGCAAUGGAAGCGGCUCUGUUCAAUGUAGUGGAGCCAGGAGAAUCGGUCCUAGUGGGAGUGAAUGGCCUCUGGGGGCAGCGGAUAGCAGAAAUCGCUGAGAGGAUGGGAGCCAAAGUGCAUCAGAUGGUGAAGGCCCCCGGAGAGUAUUACACCCUAAAAGAUGUGGAAAAGGGUCUGACUCAACACAAACCUGUGCUGCUCUUCCUCACCCAUGGAGAAUCAACCAGUGGGAUAAUGCAGCCCUUGGAUGGCUAUGGUGAUCUUUGCCACAAGCAUAAUUGUUUGCUUCUGGUGGACUCUGUAGCCUCAUUAGGGGGAGCUCCAAUUUACAUGGACAAGCAAGGUAUUGAUAUCUUGUACUCUGGAUCUCAGAAAGCCUUAAAUUCACCUCCUGGAACUGCCCCAAUUUCCUUCAGUGAAAGAGCUAGAAAUAAAUUUUUGAAUCGGAAGACAAAGCCUGUUUCUUUCUAUUUCGAUCUCAAGAAUCUGGCCAACUUUUGGGGCUGUGACAACAGUCCUAGAAUGUAUCAUCACACCACCCCGGUCAUCGGCCUGAUGGGGCUUCGAGAGAGCUUGGCCAUACUUGCUGAAGAGGGCCUGGAGGAGAGCUGGAGGAAGCACCGCGAGGCCACCAACUACCUGUACGAAGGGCUGCAGAAGCUGGGGCUGCAGCUCUUUGUGAAGGAGCCGGCCGUGAGGCUGCCCACAGUCACGACGGUGGCGGUGCCUCCGGGGUACAACUGGAAGGACCUCGUCUCGUACGUCAUGAAGAACCACAGCCUGGAGAUCACGGGAGGCCUGGGCCCUUCCACUGGGAUGGUGCUCCGCAUCGGCCUCCUCGGGUACAACGCCACCAAAGCCAACGUGGACCGCGUCAUCGCCGCCUUGAAGGAUGCCCUGCGCCACUGCCCCAAGAACAAGCUGUAGCAGGCCCAGGCGCCUCCCCAGUGCCUCGUCCCCGAUCCCUGCCCCGGAACUUCCACGGGCUGGGGGGAGCCCCAGAAGGGAGGGGGAAGGCCGGCUCUGGAGGAGGGGGAGUCGCCGCCUAUGCCGGCCUUCUUGGGCCUCUGUCGGGAGGGGUCGCGUAUCCCUCUGGAGCUCCGAGCCCUGGACGCGGCCUUCGCAGCUUCGGAUUUCUGCUUGGGGAAUCGCCGUCCGCUCGGCCCACGCCUGUGGCUCUCUUUAAUAAAAGAACCAGUUUUGUC